AGAUCUGCAAAACCACAAAGACAAGAGGAAAUUGAUUACUCACCUCGAACAUCCAUGGCCGACUCACUUAGAAGUAAAUCCUGCAUCCAGGGGAACAGGCGGCAGACCAGCCGGCUGCAACAGCGCGCCCCGGCGUCCUUGCAAAUCGGCGCUCCCUCUUCCAAUUGGAACCUGGCCAUUCCGCUCCUGUCCCCUCUCGACUCUUCGCCGACGUCUUCGAAGUUGGUGACCGAUCGGACGGUGGAUAUGAAUUCCAGAGAGGAGUCGAGGCAGCAGGGCGCGGAGCCGGAGAAGGUGGUGCUCAAGAAGUGGCAGCACCCGCCCUUCGGCUACGAUCCUGCUCCGAGGGUCCGACCCUUUGUGCCCGUAUAGCUGGAAUAUGUUAUAUGGACUCUCUUUGGUCCUAAAAAAAAAAUAGGAAAAUUAAUAUUGCAUGAUUGACAAAUAGUAUUUACAUCUUACGUACGUACGGUAUGUGCUGUGAAAGCUUUUUCUUUUUUUUUUUUUGUUUGUGGUUUUAUCGAUCAACAUGACAUGUGGUUGUACAAAUACUAUACUAAAUAGAAAUUAAUGUAAUUUAGCUGACCAGGCAAAA